AUGCUCUGGCUUCAGAUAGCCAGCCAAAUCGGCAUCGUCAUCUUCACAUUCAUCGUGCAGAUGCAGAUGCAGAACAAUCUAUACGUACCUGAAAUCGUCGGACGUUUCAUCGAUGCAGCUUCCCCGCACUUGGUCUACAUAGCUGAAGAGGUUGCACUUUCAUUCCGGUCCUACCAUCCCACACUUCCGGCUCACGCGACUCGGCCCCCUUUGAUUCCGUCGCAAACUACAGUGGCUCCCAAGGACAUCAUUCUCUGGACCCCUACCACCAUCGCUGUCCCUAUCCAGCUAUACCCUCAGGCGCUCGCCACUCCAUACGUAGCAGCGUCGUCGGUGCUUACUACUUCCAUGUCGACGCCUAUGCUCACCCAAGUGUCUGCGACCGAUGAUACGUUGCUGGAAAUGAUCACUUGGCCAAGUGGUGCAAUUGACGUGGCCAACCAUUUCUGCCCGGCUCACCUCGCAACCAUUGUUCCUGCCUGUCACCUUCGUCCGGUUCACAUCGUUGCUGUCGCUCUUACAUUGGCGAUGGUGUGGGGAGCAUGUGUACUUGUGAAGCUCUCUAGGGACUGGCGCGGAGAGGGGACGUCAACUACCCACAGUGGUCUGCGGAUUUAUACCCCGAGCAACAUCGUUGCCAAGCUCAUGGAGAUAUUCUAUGGCGGCGCACCAUCGCAGUCCAGAACGAGCUCUCUGGACAACGAUGGUGUUUCGUCGACAAUUUCGAGCGCCUCUGCAGACCGCGAUACCACCGUCCUUCAAAACACGAACGAUCCCAAUAGCGACGCCAAAAACACGACGGGAGCACGUACCGAGAAGCAGACGGAAACCACAGCAGCCCAUGGAGGUCAUUCCACGUCAGGGUCGUCCAAGUCCUCCUGUGCCCCCAGUUGGAUCGCGCCCAUGCCCGAAGAAGCCUCAUUGGCGCGCACUGCGGACGCUUGCGAGAGAUACUCCAAGGUGUGCGCCGAGGCCAUCAAAAUCAUGCAAUACCAGAGCGCUCGCCCGGACCUAUUGCGAGAGGCUAUGGAGAGAGAACGUGAGGGAUUCUUGGCAUUUGUCGAGCAAGAGGUCCAGCGCGCCGCGGGCGUGCAGGCUCAGUGGGAGGACCGUUGCUCGGAGCUCACGAGGACUUAUGCGGCAAUGACGGCACGGCAGGCCGAAGUCAAUCGGACGCUGGCGCUACUGAAGUCGACGCGUGCGCGUCUGGACUUGGAAAGUGCAGCGACGAGAAAGGAGCACGAGCAGCGUGCAAGAGAGCGGGCGCAGGUGGAGCAGAAGCGUGCGCUCAUUGAAUCUGAGCGCAUGAAGGCCGAAAAGGAACGCAAGGAAGCCACAUGGAGACGCGUGCGGGCCAUCGUGGAGCGGAAGGAACUGGAGGAGCAGUGCGAGACGUCGGAGAAAGAGCGCUUCCAGCACGAGGCAGCGCGCGCACAAGCUGAGAAGGAACGUGCGAAGGCCGAGCAAACGCGCGCCGAAGCUGUUGCAAAGCGGAUUCAGUUGGAGGAACGGCGCGAGAUACUGGAGAAGAAACAUGCGCGAAUCAAAGCUGCGCGCAUGCAGGCGGAGGAAGAACGCGCGAAGGCCGAGAGGAGGCACGUACAGGCUAUGGCCGACCGGGUGGCUCUGGGAAAACGGCGGGAGAUGCUGGAGAAGGAGCAUGCUCGCCUGGAGGCCGAGCGUAUGCGUCUGGAGGCCAAGCGUCGGCGUGAUCAGGAGGCGCAGGCAGAGAAAGCGAGGCAUGUGCAGGAUCAGGUGGUGCAUACGGAAGAGAAGGUUCUAUGCGAACGCGGCGUACACACCACUCACGCGGAGCAUCGGGACGCACAGACGGGUCGGGGAGGCCUAUGCGAGGAGGGCAUGCAGACCGACGAUACGCAAGGCGUGCGGGAACAGGACGUGCAGGCUGACGCUGCGGACCAUCUGUGCCACAACGAAGCACAGACUGAUCCAGAAGAGGCGCAGAUUGACCAGGCAGAGCGUGCGCGCGAGCAGGGCGUGGAGACACAACAGGAAGAACUGUUGCGCGAAAGCCACGAACAUAUGCAUCACGACGUCCACGGCAGGCAUCAUUCGGAGGCCGAGCAGAUUCAGGAAGGAUCUAUUGAGGGGGAACAACAAGCACAGGCAGACGGCCGCGAUUCACGGGGUACGCAGGACUCGCAAGACACGAAGCCAGUCGAGCAAGCCGGGCAAGUCGAAUCAGUCGAGCAGGUCGUACAGCCUAUGCCAGGCGCGCCAGCUCAGCAUGGUGAAAGCUCCGGCCAUGGGUUCACGCUCGACUGUCUCCCUCCGCGUCAGCCCACGCCACCCGCAUCACCUUGGCUGCAGGAGCAUCAGCAAGCUGUCCAGGCUGCCCAGGUUGCCCCGUUGCAGGUCGCGGUACGGGCCCCUUCCCCGGAGUCUGACCCGGAUAAUUCGGCCACCGCGGAAGAGCAGCCCUCGCCCCCGAGUCCAGUUGCUGCAGCAAAUCCCGUCGAUACACCUUCAUCUGAUUUUAAUGCGGCCUUGACACUCCUGGGGCUUUCAGGCCAACCGCAAGCGCAAGACGUACCCAACGUCCAGGUCGAGAAUGGCGAGAACACAGGGCAAGACGGGCAGCAGCAAGUAGAUGAUGUGAACAUGGAUGCGAUGCCGCAGCUCCAGGGAGGAUAUCAACCCACCCUCGACAGCUCGUACUACCAGCCCAUGCCCCCGCAGUCUUGGCAAGGUCCAUCGAGCACAGCCGGGCCAUAUGGCUACCAGUGGGCUGCACAGUCUCUCCCGGCCGUUGCGACAGAGCAACAGUUUGCGAUAUACAAUCGCGCUCUGGCACCACCUCAAACCACGCCAUUGUCCGAUCAGGGCCCAUUCACCCAUGGAUAUGUCACCGCUAAUGCCGUCAACCUCAGUCAUAGUCAAUCUUAUUAUGCCAGCUCGAAUACAUACCAAGGAUUUGCUUCUGCCGCACCAAAACCUGGACCUUCAAACACUCAGUACGGGCAGGGU